AUGGCUGCUUCUACUCCACAUCAUGACAUCAAUGCUCACGUCGCCCUCCCCUUCUCCGGCCGGCCCCUCCAGCGCGCCCCUGCACCACCCCACCCCNACCCCCCGACGACGCUGCCCCCUUCCCUGACGACCCCGCCCCCGCCUCCGUCCCCGAGCCUCAACCUGUCGCCGCUGCGGCGCUGCGACCUAGAGGCGCGCGAGCCUCCGCCCGGGCAGUGCCCCCCGACACGCGCCACCAUCUCUGAGGGGCCCGGCCCGCCCGGCUGCCCGCCGGCCUGCACAGGCCAGUCCGCCCCCUCGGGCAACGGAUCGCGACCCCAGUGCCUUGGAUACGUCCACCCGGCGGCGUUGGAGGCGGCCUGCACUGCUGGCGAGGAGGCCGCCGCCCGCCUCCGGCUCCCGUACUGCUGCGAGCACUCCGUUCUUGGCGGCCUCUCCGCCGCCGUACUGGCCGACCGCGCCCGCUGUAUCCGCCACCUCCAGCACCUCUUGGAGCUCGAUCGCCUGGCGUCCGACCUCGUCUGCCGCUACAACGAGAUCCUCCGCCGCUACGACUGCCAGCAUACGUAUUCUGUCAAUUUCGACUGCCGCCAUUGCCAGGAGGCGUACAGACGGUGGGUGUGUGCCUCGUUAUUGCCUCACUGGGCGGGAAGGGGUCGGCACAAAGUGAGGCCCUGCCGGUCAGUCUGCCGAGCUGUUGAGCAACGAUGCCCUUUCUUCCUGCCCGCCGACAAGAGCCCCCAGAUGCCUACCAACUACGCCGGCGAACCUGUAUUCAUGUGCCUAGAUCCAGAUAUCCCUGAGACGGGAGAGCAGCUGGCCCGAUCGAUGUACGGCGACUCAGUCUCGGAGGAGGCGGAGGAGAUUCUGGAGGACGAGCAGAACGCGGCCAACGGGCUCAACGUGGCCCACCCGCACCUCCAUCCGCCGCGACCCGGAGCCGGAGCCACCGCGACGCCCGCCCGCGAGAUCGGCGGCUGCUGCUACACCUACUGCGAGAACCACGAAAUGUGCCUACAAAACAACGCCCUCUGCCAGAAGUACUUCAACAAGUCCGCCCCCAGCCCUCAGCCCACACACCCCCAUUGUUUGUAUAUUGUUGUUACAACGCUAGGGAAAGGUACCAUUUUGUUGAUCCCGCCUCCGCGAACGAAGUUCUUGCGAGGUUGUGCUGCUAACUACCAUCUGGGUUUGCCUGUUGUUAAUUGUUUCGACACGAACCAAGAGGCCAAUCUCAAUGAUAGUGGAAAAUUCAAAUAA